UGGCGUCUGAACUAAGGUCCUAGGAUCAAGGGCAGUUAACUCUUAGCACUCUGUCUAGAAUUUUAUUUCUAAAUUUUCUAUAACAGUAUUUAGUAAAUUUCACGCAGAAUGGAAGAAGAGGAGCUUCAUGCAUCGAUACAAACAUAUCAACUUCAGCUAUCUCAAGUACAACAGGCCAUUCAAGCUGCUGGUUCUACCCCUGAUCUUGAAGCACUACAAACAGAUUUACAAGACCUCAUCAAACUCACAGAAGAUAGUUUAUUGUCACUGAAGAAAAGCAAACUUUUGAAGCAACUGGAUACUAGUCAUGAUGGUGAGGAAACAGAUAGAGAGCAUAUAUCCCAUGAUGAUCAAGGUCAAGGAUGUGGGUCAGGUGCUAAUAGCAUGGAUGCUGAGUAUGCAGCUUUCCAGGCAAUGUUGGGAAAUGACAGUUGUGACAACAAUAAAGACAGUUCUAAAUUAAGUGACAAGGGAUCAAACUCUUCAGUUAAUAUUUCCAAGGGAGAUAAAUCCAUUGACCCUUCAGGGUCAGACAAUUUAGAUAAGGGUGUUAUACCAGACAACAGUGAUACAAACACUUGCCCAGUACAGGCAUUAUCAGAUAUGUAUAAUGAUAUUAUAGGCACAAAGUGCCGGGCACCAUACACACAUGACUGGGGAGCCAAAAUAUUUGGAAAUGCGCUCAUUGCUGGAGUUGUGAAUGAUUCAGAAUUGGAGAUACCAAAGGUUAAAGUGAUGUUCUGUAAUCCAACACACAGUGCUAUGUUACCAUGUAAAUAUUUCCUCGGAGGAAGUUGUAGAUUUAGUGAAGGGGAAUGCAGAUAUAGUCAUGGACAUGAAGUAGCUUUAGAAGACCUUCAAGAAUAUCAGGAUCCAGAUCAUAGUAUAUUGAAAUUAGAGUCCCGUUGCCUGGCCAGGUACGAGGAUGAUGAUCUAUGGUAUAAAGCCACUAUAGUUGAUCUACAUGAUGAGGGCGCUUCGGUAACAUUUGAUGAUUAUAAUGAUACACCUCUAUAUCUGUGCUUCGAGGAUAUUCUUCCCUUAGGUGACAAUGUAGAAGAAUCCAGUGAUUCUGAUGAUGGUCCAAUCAACAGACAAGAUUCAGAUUCAGAUGAUGAACUUCCUGUGUUUCUAUGGAAACCAAAGUCACAUGGUCUUGGUGAUCUAGGUCAGUGGGAAGCUCAUACAAAGGGGAUAGGGAAAUAA